AUGAAUUAUUAUGAAUUAUUAGGGGUGGAUGACAAAUGUUCUGCUGAAAUUAUUCGGAAAGCCUUUCUCAAUAAGAUUCGCUUUUGCCAUCCCGAUAAAAAUGGGGAUGCCAAAGAAGCUUAAUCUCUAAUUGAAGCCUACAAAGUACUCAUGAAUUGUAGGGAAGAAUAUGAUUAAUCAUUGAGAUCCCAAUUCAAAUACUGUUUUGACACUAUGACGGUGAAAUGCAAUUAUGUUGAGUAUGAAUGUGAGCAGUGUGGAGAAGAGAACCAGAUUGAAUUAAAUAGUUAAACAAAUGUGAUUGUUGAAUGUCGAAGUUGUAAUUUGAAGUUACAAAUAUUCCAAUAGUGA